UUUGAUCUGGGAGUUAAAGGGUUAAGAGGGGAAAUUUAGAGGAUUGGCCCGUAUAGUCGCGGGAUCUAUCCUCGCGCGGGCAAAACAGCACACGCGCGUCCUUCAUGUGGUCACUGCCCAAGGAACGUCACGUGAUAAGUUGCGUGAAUUUCAACGGUCAACAAGGAGCUGUAAUUUCCUUCCAAAAUCUCACACGAUCGGAUCACGCACUGAUUUAAUCAGAAUAACACGAAAAGUUAGCUGAAGGGUGUGCACUUAAGGGGAUGGAGGUUAUUUCUCGCGUAUUUCAGCUGACUACAACCGAAGCUUCGACAACUGACAACAACCAAGUACAAAUCGCAGAGAAGCCUCUCGAUCAGAUCUUGUCCACUACAGCAGCAUCACUUUCUAUCCUGGGAUCUUUAACUAUUAUUAUCACGUUCUGCCUGUGGCCCGAUGUGAGAACAAAAUCUCGUCUUAUGAUCGUUUUUAUAUCGGUUUGCGAUCUCCUGGUGGCCAGCUUCAACAUAAUAGGCAUCUUUUUGAACAAGGACCCAAGAACUUGUAAAAUCCAAGCAACGGUUAACAUCGCUGCCAUUUUGUCAUCUUUCUUUUGGACCGUUUAUUUAUCCCUUUAUUUUUAUUUGACGAUUUGCAAAAAAAUUACUGAGAGGACGGAGAAAAUCACUAUGUGGUUGUUUCAUGUAACGGCAUGGGGAAUUCCUGUGGUGAUAGCAGCGGUAGGCUUUGGGGUACAAGCAGUAGGAAACCCCCAGGACAUGGUGUCAUCGGGAUGGUGUUGGAUCAAGUAUGGAAGUGGAAAAGCAUGGUGGUGGACUGUUUUGUGGAUGUCCAUUGCUGGAAAGGGAUGGGAAAUCUUAGCAUACAUUGCAAUUUCCGUGUUCUACGUUUUGGUUAAGUUGCAAAUCAAACAUGAGCUGAAUUGUGGAUUUGUUCCAGGAAGCCAUUUUCUGACUCUGAAAUCAGUUGAAGUGGCAAGAAAGGCAGAACUAAAAUUAAUAUUUAUCCCUGUGGUGUUCAUUUUGUUACGCAUCUGGGGAACCAUAAGAUUUAUUAUUUUCUUGGCUUAUCACCCGUGUCACCCACCCGCGCAGAAAUGGCUCAUCAUACUCCAUGGAAUUGGUGAUAACAGUCAGGGACUUGCCGAUUUUGUUCUGUUUUGUUUAUUUACUGUCAAGAUUAGGAACAAGUUUAGACAUUGUUGUGGCAGGUUUAUACCAUUUUGUAAAUAUUCUGCAGAACAAGAUCCCUUGUCUAGGAGUACAAAUUUAUGUUAUGGAGCAGUUGAUUAGUUUUUUUUUUUAUCUGAAAAGAUAUUUUUAAACUCUUUGGAGACCUGGUUGUAGGCGAAAGAUAACUUAUGUAGAUGAAUGGGUCUACCAAAAUUCCAAUGUGAUUUCUGAUAAACUGGCAGAUUGUCACUCCAAAUUGUCAGUAUGUUUCUCUAAUGAAACAAAGGGAGAGGUUGAGCUUAACUCAAAAGUCACUCGGGCCUCUGUUCCAUUGACCCCUUUAAUUAAUGACAAAGGUGGUUAAAGAUGGAGAAGAAACCAGAUAAAAACCAUUAAUGCUUGAUAUGUUCAGUUGAUAAGAUAGAUCAGGGUUGUUAAGAACUUCUGUUAAAUUCUGAAUAGAUAUGUGUUUGGGAUUUUUCUUUAACCUUUUCUCAAAUGUCCUAUUUGACUAACAAUUUUUAAUGUGCAAACGUGAAGGCUUUGUUGACCCCCUAGCUCUAACCUUAAGUCAAGGCCAACUCAAUCUAAUAAGAGCAUGUUUUAUAUCAUGAUGUUUAGGAGAUUUAAGUCUGUAGGUUGUAGUGGAUGCCUUGAUGUUCGUAUUUAGGGUUACCAAUGAUAAAGGGAGGCAGAUAAUUUAUUCCUAGCCCUCCUUCUAGCAUCCUAGACAAAUAAAAAGGAAAAUAAUACAUGUAGCCUCAACUGCACUUACACAAAAUAUUGUAUUUCCUAGAAUAAGCACCUGGGCACUUACUUAAACUUUUGGCUAAAAAGGAAAGGCAGUUAUAGGAAGGAGUGUGCUUAAUCAAGGGGGGUGCUUAUUGAGAUUGUGCAGCAUUAGAACAAAAAUUGAAAGAACAGAUGACACAUAAAGGAACUGUGCAAGAAAAUAGAAAUAGAAAUAACUAGAACAGGAUAGAUUUGAACUAUUCUCUUGUACUGAUUCCACUGUAGUUCAAGCUUAAAAAGCUGUUAAUAAAGUGGCAAUAUAAACAGAUUUUCCAUA